AUGGAUUAUCCUUUGCGGUUUUUUGGAGUGCUCACAAUUUGUUACUUGCACCCCAAAGUGGAGGCCAAGCGUGAUUUCAAAUUUGAAAUCUUGGAUUUUAAAAUCAAUGUAACUGAUGCCGAAUUGUUUUCGGAUUCUAUCUACUCUUCAUACGAUAGACAACAAUUGACGGUCGAAUUUAGCAUGGUCCAAACCAUAACCGAAUGGUCUGGAGUUUUCAAUGUGGACAUAUUGCCUGUAGGUGGUCCAAUUACCCACAUUCUGAAACUGAAUGGCAAUAUUUGUGAUUGUCUUAGAUCGGCUUGUCGAAAUAAUUUAAUGGUCGCUUUGUUUAAGGAAGUAUUUCGUUCAUCGAAUUUUCCCCAAAAGUGUCCAUUAUUGGCGAAAAACAAAUACUAUUUAAGAAAUUAUACCGUUCGUGCUGAUGACUAUCCUGCUUUCUUGCCUCAGGUGAUGUGGCAAGUCAACAUUGACAUGAUGUUCAAUAAAAAAAUGGCUAUGACAUGGUUUCUAAAAGGCCGUACGGGUAAAUUUUGA